AUGACCGAUCCUCGCCCCUAUCAUAUCCUGAGCUAUGGCACCCUGCUGGGUACGCAGGUCUUUCAAUCCUUUGUCGGGGGCAUAAUCGCUUUCCGCGCCCUGCCGCGGCCCCAGUUUGCCAGUCUGCAGACCGCCAUCUUCCCCAUCUACUUCUCGAUGCAGACCGCGCUACCCGUGGUAGUCGGACUGACCGCCAGCAGAGGCGGACAGGCACUGGGGCUGUCGGGUUUAACAGCACCUGAGAACUGCUGCAGCACCUUGUUGCCCAUGGCCACGGUGGCGGUGACCGGGCUGGUCAACUUGUUUGUGCUGCGUCCCUUGACGACUAACGUCAUGCGCGAGCGCAAGCAUCAAGAAACCCGCGAUGGGAAGAAGAGCUAUGAUGCUGGGCCGCACUCGAAGGAGAUGCUGGCUCUGAACAAGAAGUUCGGGCGCGUGCAUGGCAUCUCCAGUCUGGUCAACAUGGUCAGCCUGAUCGCUACGGUCUACUAUGGGGCCGUUCUGAGCAAGAGACUCCAGUGA